ACUCUUUUCGAUAUUAUAAAAUAAAAUUGGUUAUUUCUCUGUAUGUAUUGAAACUCUGAUACGCAGUGAUCAAAUUUAACAUGGGUAUGUUUGGUAUGCUUUAAUUCAAGAGAUAAAGUUAGUAUCUUGGUUUGUUAUGGAAAGUUUAAAGUGGGUGUAGAGAAAGAUUAUAUACAUGUUGAAGUUAGUAUCUUGAUUGAAAAUCUGGAUUUAGGGGCUUUUGAAAUUUGCAAGAUAUGGGCAAUGUUUGCUUUUGCUUGUCAGGAGAUCAUAUGAGGAGAUCUACUGGCGAAGAUUUAGAUAAGUAUUUUCCGAUUAGACCAGAAUGCCAGGCUGAUGUGCCAAAACCCCGUUUUAAGCCCCGGGUUGGAAAGACAUUGAGUGAAAGGAGAUGGAAUGCUGCUUUUACUAAAGACGGUCAUUUAGAAAUAGGAGGUGUACUAAGGAGGAUCCAAAGAGGGGGUAUUCAUCCUUCCAUAAAAGCAGCAGUUUGGGAGUUCUUGCUUGGUUGCUUUGAUCCCAACAGCACCUACGAGGAGAGAAAUGAGAUCAGGGAACGGCGAAGGGAGCAAUAUGCUGCGUGGAAAGCUGAAUGUACGAAGAUGGUUCCUAUGUUUGGUAGUGGAAAAUUCAUUACAACACCUAUAGUCACUGAAGACGGGGAACCUGUAGAGGGUGAAGAAGGGAACUUAAAUGGACCCAUGCCAGAUGUUGCUGGUGUAACAGAUAAAGAAGUGAUACAGUGGAAGCUUAGCUUGUCACAAAUAGGUUUGGAUGUCGCCCGCACCGAUCGUACUCUUGUGUUUUACGAAAGUGAAGCAAAUCAAGCUAAACUGUGGCAAGUUCUAGCUAUUUACUCUUGGGUGGAUAGUAAGAUUGGCUAUGUUCAAGGUAUGAAUGAUAUAUGCUCACCAAUGAUUAUUCUUUUGGAAAAUGAAGCAGAUGCCUUUUGGUGCUAUGAGCAUGCAAUGCGCAGAGUGAGAGAAAAUUUUAGGAGCAGCACAAGUUCUAUGGGAGUUCAAUCUCAACUGAGCACACUAUCACAAAUUAUGAAAGUUGUUGAUCCAAAGCUUCAUCAGCAUCUUGAGGAAUUGGAUGGCGGGGAGUAUCUUUUUGCAUUUCGUAUGCUGAUGGUACUAUUUCGGAGAGAGUUCUCGUUUUUAGAUUCCCUCUAUCUUUGGGAGGUUAUGUGGGCCAUGGAAUACAAUCCACACAUGUUCCAAUGUUACGAGAAGUCAGAAGAACCAGCUGUUGAGAAAGUUAACAGCAAGAUGCUUAAACAAUAUGGGAAAUUUGAGAGAAAGAAUGUGGAGACAGGGUCAGUGGAUCAUAAAAGUGAACUUGCUAUUUUUCUUGUUGCAAGUUUUCUUGAGACAAAGAAUAAGAAACUUUUGAAAGAGGCCAAGGGCCUUGAUGAUGUUGUCCAAAUUAUGGGUGACAUGACUGGAAAUGUGGACGCAAAAAAAGCAUUGAAUGAGGCACUGAAGAUCCACAAGAAAUAUAUCAAGGCGGCCAAAAAAUGACAGUCAUAUACAAAUAUUCUGGAAACUCCCUUCAAGCUCCCCUUUUCUCCCCGGGGAGGCUCCAUAGAAACCAGCAAUUCUUUUUUAGAUUUUUUCAUAUAUUCUUUUCUUUGUAGGCCUGCUUUGUAAAAUUUUAUGCAGGUCAUAUGUAGAGGGGUCAGCUUGGCUUGUAUGUAAAAUAUUGAAAGGAAGCACACUCGGUUUUCUGGUCAGCUUGUGUGUGUGAAUGUAUGUAGACAGUUUUGUACCUGAAAGAUGACAAUGAUUCCCCCUUAUUGCAUGUUUACAUGCUUGAGUAAAUGAGAACAUGAAAUGAAAUGGAAGUGCAUUUUGUAA